AUGGCAUCCGACGGCCCUGAUCCCCAGAGCUUGAAAUCAUGGGAGGAUGCAUUUCACUAUCCAAUUCCUACUGUGCGCCGCGUGGAGCAGGAGCUGCGCCGGGACAUCGCAAGCAAUAAGGAGAAGCUCCGGGCUCUUGUUGGCACGAGGUACCGAGAGCUUGUUGGUACUGCCGAGACGAUCGUGUCGAUGAAUCGCGAAAUGGAGGAUGUGGAUUCGACACUGGCCGACAUAGGACGAAGAUGCAACCCGCGCCUGAUGGAGAAGAUGUACACGCAUUACAAUCAGAUAAAGGAUGAUUCACACGAUGAGGAUGCCGCGAAACGAGCGCUCGGGGGACAACUCGCUUUACUUCACCGCUGCGCAUCGUCAAUAUCAAAGCUUUUGAGAAGACGCGGCUCCGUCUUACUAGUGGCGAAGCUUAUGGUCGUGUCUCGACGUCUACAACAUAACCUAUCUCAACAGAAGUCGGUGCCGCCGUUCGUGGAGAACCUGCGCAAUCAACUGGCUUCCGUUCGACGGACUCUCAUAAGGAGGCUUCAAAAGCGCCUGGCUUCUGCCAAGUCCACAGCUGACGAGAUCAUUGAGGCUUUGGCGGCAUACUGCCUAAUAACCAGCUCCUCUUCGGAUGACGCCAUUCGCAACUUCCAUCAGGUCCGCUUAGAUGGCAUUGGAAGUCAGCUGGAACUUGUUGACCCUUCAGGCGAUAAUGUUUUAAACAGCCUACGACUUUAUAUUCAGACUCUCCAGACUUCCAAGAUUCUGCUUUCCCGACGGCUGUCGGACGUUCUCAGCAAGCUCAAAGCAAGGCCCUUAUUGACGGACCCUGAAAUCCGAGAUUUGGACGACUUGAACCUCGGUGUUCUAGGGCGUUGGGUGACUGCUGAUGUCAGUAACUUCACACCUUGGAUCAAGCUUAGCGAGUUGUCGAAGUCAGAAGCCGAGAAAACCAUCAAACAAUGGUCGAAGCCAGCUUUCGAUAAAUUCGUGCAUGGGUGCCGGGCUACCUUGACAAACUGGUCGGAUUUCUCAAAGCUUCUCUCCUUACGCCAGAAGACGUUGGAGCUUUGGCUUUGCUCCCGAAACUCUACACCCACGCAUUCCUCGUUACAGGUACUAGAAGGGAUUAGGUCGGCCUUCAACGAACGACUUACGAAUGUUCUAUUGGAACAAGCCAAGGCUUUGGAUCUAUUCGGCCAAGAACUCGCAUCUGCGGUGUCCAACUGGAGCGACAGAGGUCACACAGCUUCCCAGUCGCUUUGGGCGGAAGACCUAAUCUCUCUUGACUACUCCAACGGAUCUUCUGCGUUCAAACAGGCUGUUACGAAUAGGCUACUAGGGCGUGAUGAUGACGUAGCUGUUGUCCUCGAGACGUAUCAAGCAUGGCUGUCUUCGAUCGAGGAAUCAAGGGAGUCUAUCGAUGCCUUGCGACAGCUACGUUGGUCUGACGCCCUGGAUGAAGGCGAAGAUGAGGAUCUCGAUAUAGAUAUUCCCUCCAUCUUGAAUGAUGAUGAUCCCAGGCUGCUGCGCGAGGCCCUACAGACCGCAAUUGGGCAGGCUUUUGAUGCACUCCAGAAUUCACUGAGCGCAACCUUCAAUACCCUCGGAAAGUCGGGCCGAAGCGCCGAGGCUGCUUUCAUGCUGAAGGCUAUUCGACUGGUCCGAAGAGAUCUUCCUGUCCAAUUUAUUGCCAGCGAUUACGCGCUCUCCCAGAUUGUCGUCCCCGAGUUGCAAACAAUCCUGGCCAGGGAGAUAGUCAUACGUGCAGGCCUCUGGAAGUCCCCAGCUGUUUCAAAUGGUAAGUCUGGAAAAUUUCCAGGCCGUACGCUCUGGGAAGGUGAUCCCGAACUCCCGAUUCAGCCAUCACCAUCGACAUUCAAAUUCCUGCGUAAGGUUGUGCGAUCCAUGGACCAGUACGGCGCUGGACUUUGGGACGUUUCUACAGUUCAGGUCCUUAAAAGUUCCCUGCAAAAGGAACUUUCGGGGCCUGUGGCGUCCGCAAUUGAAAGCUUAAAGACACCUAGCCUUGCUCAGGACAACAAGACAUCUGCGUCAGAGGCUGCAAAUGGGUCAACUCCGGCCCAGAACGGCGAAGACGGCCACCCCGAGAAAUCAGAGUCAGAGAAUACGGUCUCCAAAAAUGCUGAAGACGUCAAAGACCGGAUGAUUCAGCUGUAUUUCGAUACCAUCUACCUUGACGAUGCGUUCACCAGUCGAGACUCUGAGCGUAGCCAGCUGGCGGACGUACUGGGUACACUUCGCAGCAGCCUUGACAUUCCUGCAAAGGCCACCAAGACCCUAGAGCAAGCCGCCCAUGAGUACUGGAAACGGACCCAGCUGUUAUUUGGGCUCUUGACCGGGGCAGCCGAGCAAUAA